AUUAAAGCAGCUUAAUGUAUGCAUACUUUAUACAACUUUGAAUAGUUAUAUUUUAUUACAUCAAUCAGCUUAUGUUUUUAUGACAGCGUAGUUUCAAUGUAGAUUCAAAUUUGAGAAACAUCUGAACUCACUUUUAGAAGAUUCAUCGUUUGAAGAUGUUUUUCUAUAGUUUUCGGUGCACUUUGUUCUCGUUUCACCUAUGGACCCUUUUAAACAUUCAAGGUGUGGAGAGUAGACUAUUUUUUAAAUUAGAAGAUGUCACUGCAACGACGGUCAACGUCUCCGUGACUUCCGAUGCCAUCACAAAUGAAACGGUUGCAAAUGCAUCUUGGCAUGUCGGCAAUAUAACUUGUUCCUUAAUCCACCAUCCUGAAGCAUGUGGUGAAUUGAGUCAUAAGACCGACGAUGAGACUUAUCCACCCUGGUUCUCCUAUUCGGGAUUGACACCUGGGAGCGUGAUCACUUUCGAGAUUGACGGUCUGUUCACGAGUGCAGGCCAGAAUGACAUAUCCCAACUUACCAUUCAUCUUUGCACAGCACCUGUUGCCCCUGAUCUCUCUGGCGUUCCCUACAUUUCCAAUGAGACCUCAAUCUCAAUCCUCGCCUCAGACAACCCUGUAACACCCUCCAAUAACAAUGGUUACCUCACACAUUACGGCAUCAAAACCGACCACAACAACCAAUCAGCUUUCAGAAGCACCGGAACAGUAGCUGUGAACGAAAACCUCGAAAUAUACAAUUUGGGGCCGGGAACUGAAUAUAAGUUCCAAGUUUAUGCUAUCAACAAUCGGUCGGAAUGCGACAACCCUGAACUGGAGUCAAAUGAUGCUACAGAGUAUAAAGCAUGCUCAAUUAUGCCACACGUCUCUGAGACGCCAGUAGUCUUGUCCAAGACUUCAGACUGGUUCUGCAUUAAGUGGAAUCAAGCUAAAUCAACUGUGGACUAUACUGGAAUGGUAUUAGCCCUUAAACAAGGCAACAAAACUCUAGAGAGCGAACAAGAAUACAGCGUCGAUAGAAAGCAAGACACCGGACUGCAUUGUUUCCCCUUGUCCCAGACGUUUAAUGAAGAAGAUGUUCAGGUUGAAUUGGCCCUCCGGAAAAGUGAUCUACACAACUGUUCCUAUCCAGUGUCCAAUCCAACUUUGUUCAAUUUCAGCUUGUCAGUCAUAGACCGACUAUUUUCUCUGACAAUUUCCUCUGUCUGCGACUCUGAAAACUGCACGAUCACUCUGACCGACGACAAACUAGACACUAGGGAGGAGUUCACCUUCAUCUAUACGGUUACCUAUCAACCAUACGGAGACGUUGAACGAACGGGAUUUUUUCUGGGCAGUGAUUGUAACACAACAGCCGUGUCGUGUUCGUACCUGUUAGAAAAUUUGGGCUUCAGUUCGGGAUUCAACUUCACUCUAACUGUUUCUGUGAGUCUGUGGAAUGUUUCUCUUCCGUGGACUUAUGAGCACAAAUUAUACAAUCACCGGCCUGAGAAUGGAGACGACGAUGCAGAGCCAGGCGACGAUGAUGCUCAACGUGAAGGGGAAAUCGAUAUCCGAGUUAGUGAAGAGCAUGACGAGGGACUGAAGCCUGCAACAAUAGUUGCCAUAUGUUUCUUCCUUCUGCUCCUAAUUGCUGUAGUCUCGGUGUACCUCCUCUUCGGGCUGCGACAACCCAAAAAUCCAACAAUGAGACCCGGUAGUCAUCGUGAGGCUACUGUGCACCAUGUGGCUAGUCUGGACGAAGUGUAUUUGCAGGAAAACGAAUAUGAAGAUGCGUUUUUCAGAGCAGGUACCUCCUACGGUCGAGGUUUGAACUAUGAAAAUCUAGCGUACACUGAAGACUACGAAACAAGGACAGAGGAAACGAAGCCGAAGUUGUCCUUCAGUGACAUCACUCCUGGUAAUGAGUCCAAUGAUGACUAUAAUUUCCAAAUGAGACACGAAAACCAGAUCGAAGAUACUGGACUAUGAGAACAUACAUGCCCUACAACUCAGUAAAUCCAAAACUAUGAUUUAUUCAUUCUCUACUGUUUGGCUAGCUUAUUUGUACAUAGAAGUAAUAAAUAAAUAAUUCACAUUCUUCCUAAAAA